GUCACCAAUACUCAAUUACUCAAUGCUCACCACCACUAGAAUCAUAGAUAAUAAAAUAAAAAAUAAGUAUCUUCAUUAUCUACCAUGAAAACGCGUCGAAUUAUAAUUUAACGAAAAAAUAAACCAAAAUAAACAUAAAAAACCCCACUUUUUCAAUAAAACGGAUUAAAAAUUAAAAUAUUUUAAAAGACUAUAAGACUUGGUGCUCAAAGCUAGUGAUACGUAUUUCCUGACAAUGGACGAUACCAAAGUGAUUGCUUCACUCGAUACUUUCUACUCUGCGUGCAUGGAUUUACGGAAACACAACUAUGACAGAUGCAUUGAAAGCUGUACAAUAAUUUUAUCAAAAAACCCUUAUGAUCAAGCAGCGUGGGCUUUAAAAAUGCGUGCAUUAACUGAGCAACUGUCCAUUGAUGAUAUUGAAGCAGAAGAAGAAGGCAUUGCUGAUUCUUACUUUAACUCAGAUGCAAUAGCUGAAAAUGCUAGAGUAGGUACAUCUUUAAGAACAGCACAAGACACUAGUAACCAAAGGCCUCGGACAGUUGGUGGAAGACCCUUAAGUGGUAUAGUUCGUCCAUCAACUUCAUCUGCUGGUGGCAAUAAUUUACAAUUGGCUUUGAAGACACCACGCACUGUUGGUUCCUCAAGACCAUUGACUUCUCAAACAGCUAGAAACAUACGCCUUGGUACUGCGUCAAUGGUCUCUCAAAUUGAUGGUCCUUUUAUUAAUAUAUCUCGUUUAAAUUUUCCUAAAUAUGCAUCUGAUAAACAACUUUCAAAAUUGUUAUUCAACUAUAUCUACUAUCAACAGAAUGAUAUUAGAAAUGCAUUAGACUUUGCUGUGGAAGCAACUAAAUUUUGCAACUUUAAGGACCCUUGGUGGAAAGUGCAGUUGGGCAAAUGUUACGUAAUGUUAGGAUUACUACGAGAUGGGGAGGCACAGUUUAGAUCUGCUUUACAACAUGGGCCUAAUAUUGAAGUAUUCUUACGUCUUUCUCGAUUAUUUAUUCGCCUUGACCAGCCUUUAAGUUCGUUAGACAUUUGUCAGAAAGCCAUGUCUUGGUUUCCGCAUGAAGUUACAUUACUUAUAGAGAUUGCUAGAAUAUUUGAAGGUCUAAAUAAUAUACCAAUGUCAGUUAAAUACUACAGAGAUAUACUUGAAUUAGAUGCUACAGAUAUGGAAUCUAUUGCAUGUAUUGGAUUACAUCAUUUUUAUUCUGAUCAGCCUGAGGUAGCCCUAAGAUAUUAUAGGAGACUGCUACAAAUGGGUUUAUACAAUGCUGAGCUCUUUAAUAACCUAGGACUGUGCUCAUUCUAUGCCCAACAAUUUGAUGUGGUUACUGCCUGUUUUGAAAAUGCAUUAAGAUUAGCGUUGGAUGAUAAUGCAGCUGACGUCUGGUACAAUAUCAGUCAUGUGGCAAUUGGUUUUGGAGAUUUAGAUAUAGCUGAGCACAGUUUGCAUUUAACAUUAUCUUUAAAUAGUUCCCAUGGUGCAGCUCUAAAUAACUUAGCUGUAUUACAGUGGCGUAAAAACAAUGUGUCUCAGGCUGAAUCCUUGUUAAACUCUGCAAUAGCAGCUGAAGAUCAUCUUUAUGAACCACAUUAUAACAGAGCUUUACUAGCUCAAGAGGAAGGUGAUCACCAAACAAGUUAUGCUAUGGUAAAGAAGUCGCUUUCAAUAUAUCCUAAUCAUUACAAUUCUAGAGAUAUUUUAAACGAAUUAAAAAAAUAUUUUUCUAGUCUUUAAAAAUGAAUAGUUUAGUCUAUAAUUUAUUAAUUAAUUGUAUAGUUGUAUCUCUUUGGUCAAAUCUUUAACAUGUAAUUAAGGAUGACAUUAUAAUUAAAUAUUAUCUAUCAGGUAACAUUUUUUUUUUUACUUAUAAACAAACUGGUUGAAAUAAAUAUAUAUGUUUUUUUUUUUUUUUGCUUUGUAACAUUUUUGUUGAAAUCGUCUAAUAUAGAGUGAAUUAAUAA